AUGCUUUUUUCGAAGAUCAAGAUAUCCGAUACGAAAAGCUCGAGUGAUCAUCUUGGUGUUUUCCGACAAACGAUCCAGAGCUUGCCGUUCGAAGCAAUCACAUUAUCCAGCCUGGAGUUCAAAUCCAGAAAACAGGCAAUCAGUGAAUAUUGCUCGGACGAGAAGGAGAAGGCGUACCUUCAGCUGCUAUCCACAGCGACAGAAGAGGGAAUGAAGGAAUACUCUAGUUACAUAGUGAAAGAACGACGAUCUAUUAUCGACGUACUACGAGCACAUCCCUCAUGUAAACCGCCGAUUGAGUAUUUACUGGAGCUGCUUCCACGUCUGCAGGUCGGUUUAUUGACUCGAUUUCGAUCGAUAGCUUGCCGAUUGAUCCAAAUACGACUUUCUCGCCCCGUUGGGGAUCAUACGAGUCAGCUAUCGGCCAAGGAGCCCAUUUUAUGA